AUGUUCUCAAUGGCAAUUCCCAACUCCCCCAGCUCGGAGUUUGAUAAGGUGACCCACUUUGGCUCAAUGUUUUCUGACAUAAACUCAAUGGGUAUGGACGAUUUCUAUCUACAGCAAUAUGCUCAGACACAGCAACAGGUGCACAUGCCCAGUGGAAGCUACGGCAUGGUGCAAGAUAGUCCCUUCAACGACCUGGUGAACGGGAUUUUCACCAACAACCAACUCCAGAGCCUGUCCAGUUCGUACAAUGCCACUUCCUCGUUGGAUCCAAACGCGCUUUCGUUGCGCGAUGGUGGAAUACCGUCCAUUUCGGACCCGGUUCUAUCAAGACUCGAGGACCAGGUGGAUAUCUUCCCACCAGCCACAGCAUGUACACCACCCGAGUCGCAUCUUUCGAGACAGGGCUCUUUUGAUGACGGCCACGAUUACCGCUACAAAAGACCACUUGCCAACUCUCGGUUCAGUUUAGAGCCAGAAGAAUCGAUCACUCCUUCGUUGGAGACGGAGCAGUUGUUUGACAGACUGGUAACCGGCAGAGUUGGUUUGGAAGAGGACGCGAGUAACGAGAACACCACAGCAACGAUAAAACAUGAGAUUUCGCACCCUUACGACGACGACGACAUUGAAGAGGAUGUUGAAGAUGACUUCAAGAGUUAUUCUUCCACGACAUUUCCAGUGAUCAGAGGAGCCUCCACUGGUGGAGGACUUACCAAACCACCAAAGGCUCCAGCCGGAUCGAUGUCUACGUAUCUGCAGGCCUCGCUGAACAUCCAACAUGCUCAAGUGGAAGAGAUGUGUCGUCCUUUCUGGAACAAAAACGAGAGAGAGGAUAAGAGGAGGAUCAUCAGAAUUGAACGCUUUCAAAGAGGACCAGACAUCAUUGCCAAGUUCUCAAUCGUCGGUUCUGCACAUGACAAUCCCGAGCCCAGACCCUCGCCUGCUGGAGUGUCAUUCGUCGAGGUUUCGUGUUUGGAAUGCGAUGCCACUUCGUUUGACGAUGAUGAUGAUGAGGAGGAGGGAAUCGACGACAUGCUGGUGGGAGGCCAAAGUGUCAAGGACCAAGCGCAUUCUUCCUUGGCCAAUGGCAAGGAGUACUACAUCACCAGUGUGGAGGUUAUCAAGAUCGUGGAGCUGUUGAUCGGAACCGAGAAUCCAAACCCUCAGGACCGUCGUCGUGAACGUGGAAGAAUCCGUUCCAACCUGGUUCCUUUCUGGUCCAAGAGACCAAUCAGAUCCAAGAAGAGCAGCAACUCUCCAAACGCAGCCACCACCGCUUCGUCGUCUUCUCCAGACGACGAGUCCGAGGAAAUGGACGACUACAGAACUGAGCUAGCACAGAGAAUCAUGGGUUAUCUAAUCAGAAAGCCUAGAGGUUUUGAUAAGGAAGUUCGUAUCCUCAAGUGGGGCAAGCUGGUACCUGCUCUUCAGAGAGCUUUACAGAGUUACUACGUCAAGAUCCCAGAAUCUGAAGUGGGAACCUUUUAA